CAUCCUCCGCAGCCGUCGGAUCAUCAGAAAGAUAAUCCACCACACUAUCCUCGUCCGCCCCAGCUCCGGCUCCGCGGGGAACGAGAGCGCGAUAUGAUCAUAUGAGAGUGAGAAAGUACUAGAAAGGUCUCUUCGCACCUCCCUCUUCCCUAUCCACAGAGCCGAAGCUCUCCUCCUCCCUCCCUGUAGUUCUCACCCACAAGGAGCAAUCGAAUCCGAUCGAAUCGCCAUUAGAGAGGGAGAAAGAGACCUAGAGAGAGGGGGUGUGGAGGUAGGAGUAGGAGUAUUGAUGGAGGAGACAGUGUUGUCGUGGGACUCAACGCCGCGAUCGUUCGGGAUGGAUCGGAGAUCUCCGGUCGCCGACAAGCUCCGCGCCGCCGUCGCCGACGAGCUCUUCCACUUCCUCGGCGACUACUCCGACGACGUUCUCGCGGAGUACAUUGUAGUGCUUGUCUGCAAUGGCAAAAAUCAAAAUCAAGCCCGCGAUGACCUGGAGGCAUUUCUGGGAGAUGACAGUGCAAAAUUUGUGGCAUGGCUGUGGAAUUACCUAAAUAAAGAGACCAAGGUUUCAGAUCCGCCUUUUGACUCUUCAAAUCAUCAAACUGGGGUAACAAGUGGCCGCAGUGAUAUUUUGUCUAAAGAUGGGUUGCAUGAACCAGCAGAGAAUCCUAACUUGACUUGUGCAAAUACAAAUGAAGUCAAUGCUGGGGGAUCACUAAACCAAACAUUUGAAACUCACAAUGGAGUUCAAAGAUAUACAACAUCUUCUAGCAAGAUAUAUUCUCCUGAAAUUUUAAAUCGUUGUGACCGACGCCUUCGGUAUGAGAGUCAGCAUCAUAAGAUAGCUCAAAAUAAUUCGAUUGUCGUAGCUUCAGGAAGAUCUCCUUUAGUGAAUUCAGAACUGGUUGCAAGGAGUACACAAUCGGUUCACAAAGAAGAUUUUCAAUUGAGGCAUCUUAAUGCUGUAAAUGCUACUGCAAGAAGGUUGCCUUUGAAAGCCAUGGAUGUUGAAGAGGCAGAAGUACCUCAACCUACUACCAAGAGGCGUGGUAAUGUUUGGGACAGACUGGGGAAGCGUAGCGUGGAAGAUGAUCUCUUAAGUAGAGAAAAUACUUACCUUUAUGGCGAUAACGAAGAAAAACAUAAAAAGCCUUGGUUGGCAUCGGUCGAGCCUUAUGGAAAACUAAAUGAGGAUGUAAGUAGAAAAUUUUCUAUGGUCAACAAAAGCUGUAGUGAAAUCAUUUCCGACAACCAUGUGGAAGAUGUUGAACUACAACAGCAUAAUGUUAAUGAUAUUCACCCUCACGAUCAUGUCGACAAUCUUAAAAGAAAGAGGCACUUCAAUUCGACCUUUUCUCACUUCAAGGGAAGUCAUUUUCCUGGUAGGGAAGCAGUUCAGAAGCCAGAUAGAAACCUACCAUUCAAACCUGAGGCUAAAGGUUAUCCUGGGGUAAAAUCUUCAAGUGUUGUGCAAAAUGUGUUGCAAGUUAGUAGUCGGGCAUCAGCUAAACCUGAGUUUCUUAUUACCUCAGAAAAUGGAAACAGCAACAAUAACUCCAUGCAAGAUGAAAUGCUGGAUGUGAAAUCAAAAUUGCGUCAAGUACAAAUCAAUAUGCUCAAGUUACGCUCAAAGCAAGCAGAAAUGAGUAAUGCAAUAAUAAAAGCCCAACCAGGCCCACAGAAUAAUCAGGAGGAAGAUACUGAAUCAAGGACGGUUCUUGUGACAAAUGUACAUUUUGCAGCUUCAAAAGAAGCAUUAAUGUCUCAUUUUAUGAAGUGUGGUGCAAUCAUCAAGGUUAUCAUGUUAACCGACACGAUAACUGGUCAACCAAAAGGGGCGGCAUACAUUGUUUUCAAAAGCAAGGAUUCAGUUGACAAGGCUGUAUCAAUGAAUGGGACCUCAUUUUUCUCUCGAAUUUUGAUGGUAAUGCAUAAGGCAGACACGCCACCUGGGUUUCUGGUGCCAGCUCAGCAAGCAACAAAGCCUCUGCAACCAUGGUCUUCUCAACCAUUCCAGAAGCCACCUUAUCAAAAACACAGUGCGACCUCUCACCUGCAAUGGAGGCGUGAAUCGUGAUGCUGCUUCUGCCGCCACUAAUGAACAGCAAUCUUGAAAGGCCAAAGAGUAGAUAAAAAAUCCACUCUGUAGAACAAAAUUUAUCAUGUUGAAUUCUAUUUUAAGAGGUGUUCAAGCUCUAUUAUUUGUUGUGGAUCAAAGAUCCUAGAGCACAUGAAGUACGACCAUUAGAGAAGAUAAGAGAAAGUGCCUGUGUAGCAGGGGGUUUGCACUGUUGAACUGCGGAUUCAUUUAUGAGGGUGCAGCCAGCUGAGGAAACAGAUGUUCUCUUCCAAUUGCAAGUGCGUGUAAUGCAUCCUUCGAAUUGCCUGUAAUCCAUCCUCUUACUUUUCCUUUUCAUCUGCCCUGCUUUGUGUAUUCUUUUAAGGAAUAGGACUUCGGAUGUUGUCACUGAUGGGUACAUUUAGCAUGUAAAAUUACAUUUGGCGUCGCUCAUAAAAUUCUGGAGUAAAGAAUGCAUUGCCGAAGCACAGGCACAGGACAGGGUUGUUGGAAGAUCUAGUGCUAUAGUGCUACUGCUAUGAUUACUAGAAGCUCCUGUAAGCUGUAACAACUCCCCUUGUCUUAGUUGAUACGUUACAGUA